AACACCCGGAAGCAGCGGCUGAAGCGGAGUCGGCAGCAAUGAGCGGGGACCUGGGGCCGACGUCUGCAGCGCCCCGAGCGGGGGAGAUCGAGCCGGGCAGUGGGGUCCGCAUCGUGGUGGAGUACUGCGAACCCUGCGGCUUUGAGGCGACCUACCUGGAGCUGGCGAGUGCCGUGAAGGAGCAGUAUCCUGGCAUCGAGAUCGAGUCGCGCCUGGGGGGCACAGGGGCCUUUGAGAUCGAGAUCAAUGGACAGCUGGUGUUCUCCAAGCUGGAGAAUGGGGGCUUCCCUUAUGAGAAAGAUCUCAUUGAGGCCAUCCGAAGAGCCAGUAAUGGAGAACCCCUAGAAAAGAUCACCAACAGCCGUCCUCCUUGCGUCAUCCUGUGACUACAUGGGAUUCCAGGUUCCUGCUCUGUUCUGGGAUCCAAGCCUUGGUCUCCCCUUUGGUCCUACUGAGGGUUUCCUACUGCCUCUUUCCCCUCACGUAGCUCCAGGUAGCUAAGACACACUGGCCUCCACUUUGCCCCUUUGGGUACCAGGAGGGAAUAGAAACUUACAUGGGUCAGGAGGGUGGGAGAGCCUCUCCACUAUUACCACAGCCACCUUGUACCCCUUCCCAGGAUCAGUGUCCACAAAAACCCACUCUCCUCUCCAGCUUAGCCACACCUUUAAGAUACAACUGUAGUUCUAAUUUAUUUUCCGCUAGCCCUGGGUAAUGUCAGCUAUUGGCAAUAAACUGGCACUACAAACACCUGUGCCAACUAGUGUGUGUUAUGUCCAGUCUGGGAGUGUGGGGGAGGAGCAGAGGCCAGGCCAGCCUCUAUACCGCCAGGGUGGUUGUGUUGGGUGGGAGGGCUUUUUCUGUACAGCUGCUUCUAUUCAAUGGUCUCCUCUCAGCCAAGUCAAGGAAAAUGAGUCACACAGUAGACACUGCCUUUUUCCUCUCCCUUCCACCAUGCCCCAUCCAUAGGGAAGAAAUUACCCCCUUAUGGUGGGUGGGUGGCCUUAGGAAUUUUUUUUUUCCCUAAGCAAGAAUGAUUUGGGUGGCAAAGGGCUCUCAGAUCUGAAUCACAACUCCAACCCAAAAGCCAGGAAGUUGGACGAUAGGCUUCUCAUUCAAGCUUCCUAAAGAUUACUAGUCACUCCCUCCAGGA